GAUUUCUCUUACGAUGAAUCCAAAGUGGAAUUCAACGUCGAUGCGCCCAACGGAGUAGUGAUGGAAGGGUACCUCUUCAAGAGAGCCAGCAAUGCGUUCAAGACCUGGAAUCGGAGGUGGUUCUCCAUACAAAAUAGCCAGCUGGUGUACCAGAAGAAGCUAAAGGAUGUACUCACAGUGGUGGUGGAAGACCUCCGACUCUGCACAGUCAAGCCUUGCGAGGACAUAGAACGGAGGUUUUGCUUUGAAGUGGUCUCUCCCACCAAGAGCUGCAUGUUACAAGCCGAUUCAGAGAAACUCCGCCAAGCGUGGAUCCAGGCUGUCCAAGCGAGUAUAGCUUCUGCUUAUCGGGAAAGCCCAGAUAGCUGCUACAUUGAAAAAUUGGAUCGAACAGCUUCCCCUUCGACCAGCAGUAUCGAUUCCGCCUCCGAUUCCCGGGACCGAAGUGGGAAAGGGGAAACGAUCCUGCAGAGGGUGCAGAGUAUCUCGGGCAACGACCAGUGUUGUGACUGCGGGCAGGCCGAUCCCCGGUGGGCGAGCAUCAACUUGGGCAUCUUACUAUGCAUUGAAUGUUCAGGGAUACACAGGAGCUUGGGAGUUCACUGCUCUAAAGUGCGGUCGCUGACGUUGGAUUCCUGGGAGCCAGAAUUAUUGAAGCCGCCACUUUGGAAAGGAAGUUCCGGCGAGAUUCUCUCUUUUGUCCUGACGAACUGGAUUCCCUCUUUUCAUACUUCGACACAGGAGCUGGUCCACGGGGUGGGAACCAGGCGUCGACUCAACAGCCGGUGGGAGCCGGCCCGUGGAGCGAGACCAGCAAUGGCCCCGGAGGCAGCGGGUCACCCUUUCUCCUGGAUGGAGGUCUAAGCAGCGACAGUGGACUGGGUGGUAGCACUGAUGGGAGCACAGACGUCUUGGUGUUUGGCUCGGUGGUUGAUAGUGUCACAGAAGAAGAGUGCGAAGUGUCGGAAGACUCCAGCGGGGAAGUUGAAAUCGAGCAGGAGGCUUCCGAUUUGGAAGACUUGAGGGAGCUGCAUCCUGGUUUGCUGGUUUACAAGGCUUCGAGGGCCAGGAACCUGCCGGUCAUGGCGGAGGCCCUGGCCCACGGCGCCAACGUCAACUGGGUGAAUGAAGAGGACGAGAACAAAACCCCGCUGAUCCAGGCUGUCAUGGGGGGCUCACUAAUAGCUUGUGAAUUUUUGCUCCAGAAUGGGGCAGACGUUAACCAAAGAGAUAUCCGGGGGAGGGCACCUCUGCAUCACGCCACAUAUUUGGGCCACACUGGCCAGGUCUGCUUAUUCCUAAAGAGAGGAGCCAACCAGCACGCAGUGGACGAGGACGGGCAGGACCCCCUCAGCAUCGCUGUCCAGGCCGCGAACGCGGACAUCGUGACCUUGCUGCGUCUGGCUCGGAUGAACGAAGAGAUGCGUGAAGCCGAGGGUCCCUUUGGGCAUCCAGGAGAUGCCACAUACCUCGACAUCUUCCGGGACUUUUCGCACAUGGCAUCCAACAAUCCUGAAAAACUCAACCGCCGUAGCCUUCAUUUCCAUCCUUCUUACCGAUAGCUUUCGCCUCCGGCGUCGACUUCUGGAUGGCUGCCUCAAAGGAGUGACUGAGAGACGAGGGGUCCUGUGUGACGAAACACACAAACACACGGAGGGGCAACUUGUGAAGAGCUGGGGCGAGAUCCGAGAUGCGAUGUCUCUACCCAUCGUCCAAAAUGGAUACCACUUGCGACGCGCCUCCCGCAAGGAGUUGUUUUUUCUCCCCCCCCCCCCCGCCGUUCCCUAGAUUUUCAGAACAAUACGGCGCAUCUUUGCAAAUACAUCUGCCAGAAUGAUUAGCCACAUAGUGGUUAACACAUUCUAUUGUGUUCCUUCUUGCUGGCCAGGGAGUUCUUCGCUAGCUGCUGGCAGCUGGUUCCCAGUUGCAAACAUAAGACAAACAAGGUUGCUUGUAUUCCCAUCUAUUACUACCCUGUUUCCCCACAAAAUAAGACCUCCCUGGAUAAUAAGCCCAAUUGGGCUUUUGAGCUCCCCUGAAAAUAAGCCCUCCCCCAAAAUAUUUAAACACAUGCGCAGCUGGUCCCCACAAUUUGGGGAGGGGCAAGGGGGGAACAUGCCCCACGUGUCACCCAUGCACCUGCCAUCCACAUGGAAUGGCCUCGCGGAAGCUGCUCCUGCAAAUCCUAGUUACCACGUCCCUUCUCUUAGUGGCGGCCUCAACAAGAGCGGCAGGCCCAGUGAUGCUAUGGCUGGCAAGAGUGGGCCAGAAACAGAGACAGGGC